AUGUCAGAAAAUAGGUGGUACCACUUCGCCUCGCCCAGCUACGCGAAUUCCUUCGGGGACUUCCCGGCCGUGGACGUGGCAAAACUGCGGCAGGACACGGUGAAGCACUUGGACUCCUUCCAGGCGGAGACUUGGUUCCAGGACCCCGUCUGCACCGUGAUCCGUGGAGGAGUUCUCAAGGAGGGCGAGGUCUGCGAGACGGUGGACGCCUUUGGCAAGGUCAAUGGGAAGCAGAUCUUGGCGACGCCAGAGGUGGUGGACAAAGUCCUGGAGCAGGUGCAGCGGCCCAGCGCGGGGAAGGACUUCCGCGCCGCGAUGCGCAGCAUCGAGGCGCGGCUCCUCUCGGAGCACGCGGCCUUUCUCAUCGGCAACCAGGCGCUGGACUUUCACAAGCAGGAUGGAGUCACUGAGAUCGAAGAAUCCAUCGAGGCUAACGUCAUCGAGAGGAAGCUGAACGACUUGCUCCUUGCUGAUGAGCUGUCAGGUAAAGUGCGCAUCCAGCGGCACACAGCUCUGGUGGGAUGCGUCUCCAACUUCUCCAACUUUCUCGACCUUUGCCGCAAGACACUGCGGAACGUCGAGCUGGGCGUUCCGGUGCUGGUCUUGUCCCGGUCCAACACGACACAGCACAUGUACCGCUGGUUUCAGCUGCUGCAGGCUGAGAUGGAGAAGGAGGGCGUGGACCUUUCGCUGGUGACGUACCUGUCCUGCAGCAUCCAGGAGCAGCGGCGGGUGAUGUCGGCCAUGGCGCAGAGCCCUCUGUACCUCACCGGCAGCCGACCCGUGGCUGCCGCCAUCAAGGAGCUGAUGCCCUUCACUUUUGCCAGCACCGGGGGCCCCAACACCAUGGUGGCGCCGAAACUGGACGCACCCAUUGAGGCGGCCGUGCGGAUGUCCAGCACCAUUGAGAACAGCGGGCAGUGCACUGCCAUGCGGCACCUGGUCACUGACGACCCCAACUUCUCGGAGGCGGACCUGGCGCGGGUCUUCGCGCCGGCUCAGGCCACGGACAGCGCGGCGGAGAGUUUGCGGAGGGGUGCCUUCGACGGGCUCUUCCGGAGCUGGGCUGAGGGCUUCCAGGCGGAGGAGGGCUACCAGGUGCUGCAGGCGAACGGUGCGCAGCCGCCGGCAUUCCGGAUCUCCAAGGGUUUGAGCCCACAGAACCUGGAGGAACACUGGCGGAGGGUGUACCUGGACGUGAGCACCCCGAAGCAGGGCUCCGUGAAAGACCCGGCCUACCUGCAGGGCCUGGCCAAGUGGCUUACCCACGAGCAGCCCAUCACCUUGGCAGUGAACGGGGACGACGAGGAGGCGGGCUUCCCCAUCAUGCGGCAGCUCUUCGAGACCACGGCGCAGGCCAUCUACUCGGUGGGUCGCCAGGGGCAGCCGGCCUUGACGGCGCAGGCCCGGCCUCAGGACGGAGAGAUCUUCGGCGAGUUUCCUCCUCGCGCGGAGAUGCAGAGGUACACCUGCGGGCCUGUCUUCGUGCCCUCCAGCACCCCGAGCUACAUGGCGCGCUACGAGGCGGCGCAUCUCAGAGGUGCUGCCGAGCGGCUUCCGGCGCUGAACCUUGGCUGGCUGGAGGAGCUGCCGUUGGAAGCGCGGGGCUACGCUGUGCUGAUGGUCGAGUACCUCAAGGAGUCGGGGCUUCUGGAGUCGGAGCCCUCCAGUGGACAACAGAUGGUCAUGAACAGAAGUUGGAGUGCUCCCAGAGGCGGUUCGCCUCGGGCAGGUCACCUGGCGAUCGUUUCCCCCGGAUUCCGUUUUUCGAGUCGGUUCCAUCAGGAGAGCUGCGGUGCCAAGCGGGGCUGUGGAAGCCGCACCUCCCUGUGGGGCUUGCAGCGCCCACCCCUGUGGCCCGUGUCCACGCUCUUGCGCGCACGCGCCACGGAUGAUUUCGCGGCGGUGGCUCUGCAUCUCUUGCCCUUCCUCACCACCAACGCCAAGGAGGGUCUGGUAGUAUCUGUGGCAGCUGACUGCAGCUCCGACAUGAAAUCGGCCCUCAGGGCGGCGUGUCAGCAUUCCGCUGUGCCCUGCCACGAGGAGGAGGAGAGUGCCUUCCAGCGGCGUCGCCAAGAGAGCGAGCCAUGGAACACCGUGUUCGCGGAUGCCAAGCCCAGCGCAGAGGAGCUCCCGAUGGUGGACCACUUUGUUCUCAGGUUGCUGCCUAUGGGCCACAUCAAGUCGGCGUGCCCGAAGGAUGAGGACUUCGUGAAGGUCUUCCAGGCGACGCAGAAAACCGCCGAAGGGGCUGCAAAGAAGCAGAAGCUGGAGGGCCCGCAGCUCCCGGCUUUGGAACAAAUGGCCGCGGUCUUCGCGUCGGAGGAGUACCGGAAGCUGGUGCAAGAGGUCACCGGCUGCGGAGAGCUCUCUGAGCGAGUAGAUCUGGCGACCCAGGUGUACACAAAGGGCUCUCACCUCUUGUGUCACGACGACGUCAUCGGCACACGGAAGGUUUCCUUCAUCUACUACAUGACGGAUCCGGAGGAGGAGUGGUCCAGCGCCGAAGGUGGCGCCCUGGAGCUGUACCCGUCGGAGCCCUCAGGUGGGCCUGGGAGUGUGCCAACCAAGGAGCUGCUGCCAUUGUCUGACUCCCUGGCCUUGUUCCUGGUGGAGCCCGGGGUGUCCUUCCACGCGGUCCGGGAGGUCAGGGGCGAGCGCGCCCGAGUCUCCCUGCAGGGUUGGCUUCAUGCGCCCAGCUUGGAGCAGACUUUGGGCUUCCAGCGGCGCGGGCUGGCCACUCUCCAGCAGAUCUUGGAAGAGCCUGCAGGCCCCGGCAAGGCCGCGGAUGCGGCUGCGGGCGAGGGCGAGCUGGCGCAGGACCUGGAGGCGUUGUCGAAGUGGCUGGCGCCCAGCUACCUGGACCCCAAGCAGCUGCAGGCGGUGGCCGAGCAGUUUGAGGAGAGCAGCUAUGUAGUGCUCUCGCAGUUCCUGCGCGCAGACCUGGCGGAGCAGAUCGCCGGACACCUCCACGCGGCCGACCGCCUGGACGGCUUCAUGCCGGACGCGGAGGAGCCCGCGCAGCCGCGCUACUCGGGUGGCGCGGAGUCAGGAUGGGAGCUUAGAGGACCGCCACACCUGCGAAGGUUUCUGUCUUUCUCUGACCGCGAGGCAUGUCCAAAGGAGGCGCCGCCGCACCGUAGGUUGGGGUGCGCCCUGUCGGCGCUGGCGCGCGAGCUGUUUCCUAGUGGCCGCCCCGGUGGCAGCUUCCGGCGGUGGCUAAAGGCUUGCACGGGCUUGGAUACCAAGAAUGACGGCUGUCCUCAGGUUCGACGUUUUCGCCCUGGCCUAGACUAUACUGUGGCGGUGAAGGGAGCCCAUCAAGAUCUCCAAGAUGAGGCAGAUUUGGAUGCCGUCCUUUGCUUCACCCUCGGCGAGGGCGUUCGCGGAAGCGAGGAGGUCACGGAGGAGUUGCAAGUGGCCGCCAGCGAGAAGUGGAGCAGUGAGGAGGUCGGCGGCUUUGAGAGCUACCUCGCAGCGGACGAGGAGGACGAAUCCGCCGAGGCGCAGGAGGUCUACCGGGGCACCGACGCGGAUGGGCCCUUGGCCUGCCAGCCCUGGCUUAUCCGAUUCUCGCGUUCCGGGCAUGGUGAAAUCAAGGAUAUGGAGGCUGGGUCCCGGUUUCGGGUCCCGACCCAGGCCCAGACGUACGAGGAGAGAUGUGAGGAUGAUGGCCCCAACCACCUGACUCGCCUCGGGGAGCACUUGCCCAUUUUCUCUAGCGCGCUGCAGAUCCUCUACGAGUUUGCGAACAACGAGAGCGCUUUGAUCCGCGCCCGGCGCUCGGACCCCAUCGGGCCCGACGGGGUGCUGACCAAAGCGGCGGAGUACGUGCCCGUGGUGAACUUGGUGGUGCAGGAGAUCCACCGGUCCGGGGACGAGGAUGAAGCCCUGGAGCGCGCGAGGCAGCGGAACCCCAUCGGCAGCGAGGGCUACUUGACCAAGAUGAUGGAGCACAUCCCCCUGGUCUCCGACGGUAUGGUGGCCUUCCACCGGUACCACGAGGACGAGUUGGCGGCGGAGCGCGCCAGGGGAUACUCCCUGGAGCGGCUGUUGAGCAAGGACGGCGCCAUCACGCGCGUGGCCGAGCUGUUGCCGGGCUCAAAUCUCUUCGCUGCGGCCUUUCACAAGAUCAACGGGGAUUCGGAGCGCAUGGAGCGGGCGCUGAACCUCGUCGAGAGCUGGUCCGCCCUCUCGGAGCCGGACAGCGGGCUAUGGCAGGUGGCGGAGCUGGUGCCCGGAGUGGAUGCCUUCGCCUUCGCGGUGCACCUCAACGGAGGACACUACGCGCAGGCGCUGAGGAGUGUGACGAAAACCAGCUGGGUGAACGUCCAGACCCGGGAGAUGACCUUCUUUAUCAGGUUCAACUCCGUCUCCGAGAGGUGGUGCGAAAAGGUGGACAUCCUGGACGUGGACGUGCUCCCAAGGCAGUUCUCCUUGGUCGUGGGCUUGUCGGACGUUGUCACCAACUUUCUACGGAUUGACCCGAAGGGCCAGCGUCGCGACAUCAAUGAUCCGGAGGCAGCGGGGGCCCAGAGCAUGACGGCCAUGGACCUGUCCAAGGAGCUGGUGAAAGGCGUUGUGACCGAAAAGCUCAAGACUCGCGUGGACUACAUCAUGAGCAUGGUACCGACCUAUGCGGACUGGCUAGUUGAGUUUUUGGGCAGCUACUUGCUGCCAAAAUAUCAGCAGGAGAGGGGGGCGGACGCACUUGGAGAAUGGCACAUUGCUCACAUGGCAGGCCUCGGCGCCUUGCGGCGCCUGGGCGCCGGGGCGGUGGUCACCGCCGGCAUCGCGUGCCCGGCCUACGAGCGGAGGCGAGAAAAUGGCGUCCGCAUGGACUCGAGGGACUCGAGUCUAGAGGCCCGCGUGCGCACGCUGGAGACGAAGCUUCGGGCCAUGGAGCUGAUUAACCAGGAGGAGAUUCGGGCAUUGGAGACCAUCAAGAUGGCUGCAAAGCAGCAUGGCCUGGACAUUGCAGGUGGUACCAUUCGCAGGACUUCCUCCCGGUUUUGCUUAGGCGUGGAGCACGGCGACUACAACGGCACGGAGCUCUUCGGGGUCGGCACAGAUCGCUUCAUUUGGAUGGCUUACAAGCCCAACACUUCGGGAAAGAUCCGGAUCUAUAGCCAGAACUUCCCCCAGGAAGGUGUGGUGGAGUUCGCGCCGGGCAAGGUGCCACCGGCCAAGGACCCAUCCAUCUCAGACAUCUGGGGUCGCUUCCCCUACGGCGUGGAGCACGUCUUGCGGAAGAACGGGCUGGCGGCCAACCAGGGAUUCGACGCCGUGCUGGUGGGGAACAUCCCGGGGGGCGGCAUGUCGCGGUCGGCCUCCUUGGUCUUAAAUCUGAUGCUGACCAUGCUGGAUAUCAACAAGAAGUCCCUGCCGGAGGGCGACUUCCGAGUGGUCCAGAUGGCACAGCAGGUGGAGAAUGACUACAUCGGAACACCGUGCGGCAAUCUGGACCAGAUUAUGAUCUACUAUGCGAAAGACGGGAUGGGCACACGCUACAAUCCCAAGACCAACAAGGUGUCCUACGUGCCGCUGGGCAUCGACACCAACGAGUUCUGCAUCGCCGCCCUGGACACGGGGACGGUGCGCCACGGGCUCGAGAAGUCCACCUACGCGGUGCGCGUCAAGGAGUGCAAUGAGUUCGUGGCCAUGCUGCAGAAGAAGGGGUACAAGAUUCAAAGCCUUGGUGACAUCAAGGAUCGCAGGACUUACGACAAGAUCAUCGCGGAGUAUGGAGACACUCACCCAAAUCUGUGCCAGCGACUUGAGUAUCUGUUCUUUGCGCAGGAGCGCUUCGAGGCGAUGGUGAAGGCCUGGACCGAGGGCAACAUCAAAGAGGUUGGCGCCAUCUUCCGCCGGGACGGCAUUGGCCUGCGAGACGAAUAUCAGAUCUCCGGGCCGGAGCUUGAGACAAUGGUCAAUAUUGCUCGAACUGUUCCGGGCGUGGUCGGCGAGCGCAUGCUCGGCGGUGGAGACAAGGGCGCCUCGGGCGCCAUCCUCAUGCCCCACGCCGAGACGGCGCUGCGGAACGCAGUGACCACUGGCUACAAGCGGUCCUACCCCCAGCUGGCAGACAAGUGCGCCGUGCAUGUGGUGAGGGUGUGCAAGGGUGUGGAGGUGCUGGAAGGAUUACUGUGA